CGAGCGAAUCGGACGUGUUCCCUCUCGUCUCGGGUGUUGCGUCACCUCGAUUAUAUUUUUUGGAAAGCGUUGCCGGCUUUGACUGUGCCGUGUAUUUUAUUUUCCACAGUCCCUUUAUCCAUCUUGGCGCGCGGCCGUGCGGCGUGGAAGCAGGAAGCGUCGUAGUCGCAGGCGUCCAGUGUUUGAAGGGGCGCCUCACCAUCUUAAUUUUGAUUGGAUUAUUCUUUGUUCUACUCGCCCGAUUCGGUUCAACUACAAUAUAAUUUGCUGCUUAUUAAAAAUUGUGAAAUAUAUAUUUAACUUUUGGGAUCAUAUUUAUUUUGUUGAGCAUGGAUUACAAGGAUGAGCAGAUCAAUGAGAUUGAAGCGUUGGAGUCGAUUUAUUGCGGAGAAUUGGAGAUUUUAGCGACAGAACCGUUUUAUACAUUUGCUAUACCGAUUAAAACAGAAGAAUAUGAACCAGAAACUGACAACGGUCUCAGUUGUCGAUUAGAAUUUACAUAUACAGCCAAAUAUCCAGAUGAGUCAUUGCUUAUAUCAAUUAUGGAGCAAGAAAAUUUUGAGGAUGGCGAUGAGAAAUUGAAGGCACAUCUGAUAGAACAAAUGAAUGAAAAUCUUGGAAUGGUAAUGGUUUUUACGUUAGUUAGCACAGCUCAAGAAUGGCUUAAUGUACAAUGGGAUAAAAUAAAACUCAAGAGAGAAGAGAAUGCUGCACAAAAGCUGAAAGAGGAAGAAGAAGCAGAAAGGAGACGAUUUGAGGGAACUCGUGUAACAGUGGAAUCUUUCCUAAACUGGAAAGAAAUAUUUGAUGAAGAAAUGGGCUAUACAAAACGGAAAGAAUUGACAGAUCGCGAAGGCAAAAAGUUAACAGGCAGGGAAUUAUUUAUGACUGAUAAGACACUGGAUCAAUCAGAUCUUAAAUUUUUAGAUGAUGGUGAUGCUGUAAAAGUAGAUGAGAGUUUGUUCCAAAAUCUGGACGACUUAGAUUUAGAUGAUGAUGAAGAUGAUCCAGACUAUGAUCCAAAUAUCUCGGAUGAUAGUACCUAAACAAGUUUGAUUCAAUAGCUACCAAAGUAAUGUAUAGAUUAAAUUGAACAAGAAUUUAUUAAACCAUUAAAAAAGAAAAAGGAAAAAUGAGUAUAUAUAAAUA